AAGAUAACCUAAUUGAUAAGGAGAAGAAAAGGGAACACAAGUUGGACUCCACGGUUUAACAGCACACGCUAAGUUGGCACAAAAAACGUAGUCACUAGAGCCUGACUAUGACUGCAGAAAUUUGGGACGUUAUUAUUGUUGGCGCCGGACUUUCUGGACUGAGUGCAGCUCAUUUGCUCAGAAAACGGAAUGCCAAGUUGAGAAUACUGAUAGUGGAAGGAAAAGAUCGGGUGGGAGGUCGCACAUUGUCCACUGAAAUACCUGCAGCCAAUGGUGUUGAUUCCUGGGACCUUGGAGGGCAGUGGGUAGGAAGCACGCAAACACACAUAUUGGACCUCAUUAAGGAGCUGGGCUUAGAAACCUUCCCCCAAUUUAAUAGUGGCAAGAAGGUGCAUCACAUGGGUGGGCCAGGUGCCAAAGUUCGCACCUACAGAACAAGUAUACCUGCUCUAUCUACAGUGGUGCUAAUGGAUCUUACCCAGCUUAUGUGGAAGAUUGACAGAUUGUGUGCCACAGUAUGUGUCCAGGAUCCUUCAAAGACACCCAACGCUAUUGAGCUAGACAGUAUGACCCUGCACUCGUACAUUGAGCAACAUGCGUGGACUUCAGAACUAAAAGAGGAGAUGGGAGUGUGCAGCAGGUCUGUGUUUGGCAUUGAGCCAUCACAGAUGUCCUUCCUAUUCUUCCUCAUGUAUGCUGCAGCAGCUGGAGGGGUACUGCAGCUGUUAGAGAGCUCUCCGGGUUGUGCUCAGGAGUUCAAGAUAAAGGGAGGCACCCAACAGCUUUCAGAGUGUCUGGCAGAACGCGUUGGGUGGAAGAAUGUCCGGCUGGGUUCUGCUGUGACGGCCAUAUGGCAGGAUGCUGAGUGGGCCAAGGUGAUGACCGCCACCAACAACUUCUUGUGCAGAGCUGUGAUUAUCACCUGCCCCCCUCAUUUGGCAGCAAAGAUCCACUACCAGCCCGCCCUGCCCACCCAGAGAGAAUUCCUUACCCAGAACAUGCCUGUUGGCCACAUGAUUAAAUUCAUUAUUACCUACCAGACGGCUUUUUGGAAGGAGAAAGGCUUCUCUGGAGAAAUAGUGGCAGGAUCCGCCAGCGACUGUCCAUUCUGUGUUACCUUUGAUGCCACCAGCCCCAAUGGUAAUGCUGCUUUGGUAGGCUUCAUUGCAGGCCAGAAGGCUUCUCAAUGGAGCUCCAGUGAGGGUGAAGAGAGAAGAAAAGCCGUGCUUUUCAGUCUGGUCAAAUACCUAGGUCCUGAGGCCGCAUCUUCCAUCCACUAUGAAGAGAAAGAUUGGGCUAAGGAGGACUACAGCGGGGGCUGCCCUGUUAAUGUCAUGGCACCAGGUCUGCUAACAUAUUACCACCCUAGCCUGAGGAAGCCCUGUGGCAGGAUUCAUUGGGCAGGCACAGAGACAGCCACCCAGUGGUGUGGGUACAUGAGUGGUGCAGUACAAGCUGGUCAGCGAGCAGCUCUGGAAGUACUGGCUGAACUCUGCCCCAUGGUCCUGACCCAGGAGGAGCAGGAAACGGUGCAGCACGGCCAAACUGUCAAAAGUCCUGCCAAGCAAACACCAUCCAAGCUUAUGUACCUGUCUAGCUACAAGGCAAUGGUCAUAGCAUCUCUGACAAUAAGUGCUGCUCUUUUUCUGGCUCAGCAUCCAAAUGCUUUACUAAAAGUCACAAAUUACUUGACAAAGGUACUUUCAGCAACCAGGCAUAAUACAUCCUUAGUAUAACAGGUGCAUAUUGCACCUGUAUGGUUUUGAUUUAGACUGAAUGAACGAGUACAGUUUUUGCUAGUUUGCUCUGUCUACUGAUGUUUUUUCUU